ACUUAUGUCUUCUUUAUUUCACUCUUGAAGAUUCACAACGAUGAGCUUGAUUGCAGGACGUCCAGCAUUUAGACAAAUUCAACAAAUUCCAAGAGGAAUUAGAUCAGUUCACAUUGAGAACAAAGUGCACGACACUAUGCCUUUCCGUACAAACGGCGGUGGAUUCGGUGCAAAACUCGCAGUUGUAUCUAUUAUCGGUUUUGGUACUCCAUUCUUCGCUGCUUGGUACCACGGUGCAUUCCGUUAAGAAUGUAUUAGAUAUAUAAAUACAUAUUUCUAUUUAAUAUUACUCUUU